AUGCCACCAAAGUCCAAGGCAGAUGGGGCGAAGAAAUCGAGAGCUCCAGCGAAGAGGAAACUAGCUGAAGAAUUCCCACCUGGAGAAGUUCUGAUGGAUAAUGCAAAGAAAAAAUGGAAGCUUGGAUCAGCUGCGGGGCAGGGAGGUUUUGGCCUGCUGUAUCUCGCAAAUGAAGACUCUUCAGGAUCUGUUGGCGUUGAUGCACCUUAUGUCAUUAAAGUGGAGCCCAGUGACAACGGCCCUCUCUUCUCUGAACUGAAGUUCUACAUGCGAGCUGCCAAACCCGAUCUAAUUGGGGCUUGGAUGAAUUCAAGGAAAAUGGACUAUUUGGGAGUUCCAAAAUAUUGGGGCUCUGGUUUUCAUGAGAAAGGUGGUAAGAGGGACAGAUUUAUGGUCAUGGAUCGAUUUGGAGUGGACCUACAGAAGAAGUUUGAGGGAAAUGGAAAGAAAUUUCCAAGGAAACUGGUUCUUCAGCUGGGUCUCAGACUUCUUGACAUUCUGGAGUACAUCCAUGACCAUGAAUAUGUGCAUGCAGACAUCAAAGCCUCCAACCUCCUUCUGUCCUACACCAACCCCAAUCAGGUUUGUUUCAAGCCUUUCACACCCCCUUCAAGAAGAGGAGACCUGGAAAUCAUGGGCUACUGCAUGAUCCAGUGGCUUUGUGGUCGUCUACCCUGGGAGGACAAACUUCAGGACCCACUGUAUGUCAGAGACUCCAAGCUCAGGUGUAGAGAUAAUAUCGAUGAGUUCUUGAAAAGCUGUUUCCCUUCAGAAAAUAUACCAGAGGAAAUGAAGAAGUUCAUGCAAGAGGUCAAGGCUCUCGGAUACACAGACAAGCCAAAUUACGCAAAAUUGCGAGGUAUUUUGCAGCAAGGCCUGAAGACCAUCGGGGCAACCGAUGACAAAAAGCUGGACUUCGGCGUGUCGACCAACGGCACAGGCCCGCCCUCCGUCAAGACUCCCAAGCGGAAGAAAGUGGAAGAAAAAGGCCAGUCUGCUGAUGAAACCAAAGGCGCCCCUGCAAAGAAGAGGCGAGCUCCACAGAAGAAGAAGGAAGUGAAUGGCGCUAAAAAGACGGCAAGUCCUGGAAAGCGUCCAGCAAAGAAAGAAGCACAGGCCUCUUCUGAGCCAGCAGUGAAGAAAAGCCGGGGAAGGCCUAAGAAGAACUCUUAAUCCUCUUCGCGCUCUAGUUCAAGUUGUUUCCUUUUUGUAUCUUUUAAAUUGUCUGGUCUGUAUUUGUUCUCUGUGGUUGCAUUUUCUUAAACGUUAGCAGGGUGUUGGGCACACUCUCUUGCAGUGAAAUGAUAAUAAAUAAGGGU